AGUUUGAAUUGAAUUGAAAUCCGAAUUCGGUUGCGUUCUUGAACUUUUGUCGAUUAAUUCGAAGAAUUCGCGAUUAAUUAAUUAAAAUUUCGAGCAUUCGUACGUAACGUAAUAAGUCGUAAAGUGCAUUCAUUUCGGUUCGUAUCAAGAUUCUUGAAAUAGUGUAGUGAAUUAUCUAUCAUCAUCUCUUCACUCCUCUCAUUACUCGCCGGUCAAGAUGUGUUUUAAUCCGAAGGAAAUUCUUUAUCUUCAGAUCUCGACCAUUUAGAUUACAAGUUCAAUGCUCCUGGCGGCGCAACAACUUGGGCCAAGCGGGUGGAAACCAGUUUUAAGUCGGCAAAAAUUGUAUCGGAAGAAGAUGAAUUUGAUUUAAUCACCUCCUGGCUUUAAAGAUUUGCGGCCAAUUAUACGUACGAGUACAUUUACCGUUGUAAUAUGAUUCGUGUACUUCUAAUUCAACACAAGGCUGCCGAGGAAUAUAAACACGAAGCCAUUUUCUGACUCCCUUGAUGCUGAAAUUUGAAGCGGAAUUAUUGGUGAUAACUGGUAAUCAACGGUUGUAAAAUUUGUGUUCUGGGAUUUGGAUCGGUUUACCUAAGUUUGGAUUCGUUGCGUGUCGUGUAUUUUAUGGCUUAUUAUCAUCUCAUCCAAAGAUGGUUUAUGUAUUCGGUUAAUAACGCGUAAGAAUAUUAUCGAAAUGGAGUCUAGUUACCUGAGCGGCGGCCAUUUCAUGGAAUCGGACGGCGAUGGCGUAGAUCAUAACUACGCUUUUAACGAUUCGAAUGACGAAUCGCAGUCUACCAAAUCAACCAGAGACAUAGUGGAAUGCGCAUUUUGCGACCAAGCAUUCAGCAGUAGAAAACGUUUACGAGCGCACAAAAGUGACCACUAUAAAAACAAAACGUUUUCUUGUAAACGAUGCCCAGCUCAUUUCACGUCUUACCAAGGAUGGUUGUUUCAUUUCAAAAAACACCGUAGUGAUUUACAGUACUCGUGUCAUAUCUGUGGCGCCAAGUAUUGUUCGUUCCAGCAACUCGUACGACAUACCGAAGCUCACGAGUAUCGCAAGGAGUCCAAGUUUAUCUGUAAUUUGUGCCUUAAAGCGUUCAGUCUACAGUACGAGUUACUCGCUCAUGAACGAGAAGUACACAAUAUCACAGACAAUUACGGUAACGAGUCUAGAAUACUCGACGUUUACAGUUGUACGAAAUGCUACCAAGCUUUUCAGAAGCUCAGUCAGUAUCGUAAUCAUUUGGAAAAAAGUUCAUCGUGCAAACCUUACCGUUGCCAGAAAUGUGGUAAAGGGUUUCUUAGUCGGAUACAAUUUCAAUCUCAUACGUCGAAUUAUUACAACUGUCACGAUAUGUCGGAAAAACUACUACGUAAGAAAUUCGGCGUCAAGAUUCCCAACAUUUGUAUUCCCAGAGUCGAAACAAUCGUACGAUGUAAUCGUUCUGCUGUUACCGGUGAAUAUAAAGUUGAAACAAUCGUACGAAGCAAUCGUCCUGCUGCCGAUGAAAAUAGAUCAGAAACGAUUGUACGGUUCAAUCGUCUAGGAACCGAUGAAUAUAAAGUUGAAACGAUCGUACGAAGCAAUCGUCCUGCUACCGGUGAAAAUAGUGCCGAAACGAUCGUACGGUUUAAUCGUCCAGCUACCGGUGGAAGUAAAAUUCGACCUGUCAAGAAACACAAAUCAUUCUCCUGUAAUAAGUGUGAUCGAGUUUUUAAUAAAAUACGCCAUCGACGCGAUCAUUGGAUUCGUAAUAAGAAUUGUCGACCUUACUGGUGCAACGAUUGCGACGCCAAGUUCGUUUCUAAAGAAAGACUCGAAAUACACGUCAGAAUCCAUACGUACAAAUGCCAGACAUGUUUCCGAAGAUUUAAACUCAGGAAUGAAUUCGAACAUCAUUGUUGUAAGAAUCCAUCUAGGAUGUACGAAUCUGGGCAUUUAGCCUACGCGAGAACCGAUCGCAAGAUUUAUAACUGGACGGAUUAUGUUGACGUAAAGCAGAUGAAUUUCACAUUCGUGUGCCAAUCCUGUUGCAAGACGUAUUCGACUGAAAAGGAACUACAAAGACAUAUUGAUUAUGUCAGCGAACGUUUAUUCCUUUGUCCUAAGUGUUCGAAGACGUUGGUUUUUAAAAACAAGUGUACCUUUAGGUAUCACAUGAUGACUACUCAUGAAGUAGAUUAAUGAACGUUUGAAUUUUACCUAUUCGAAGUACCACUGAUCAAGACUGACCUCUUUACCGGUGUUCAAUUUUACCUACUGUUAGUGUUACGUUUUUUUUUUUUUGGUUUUUGUUUUAAUUUUUUAUACGAGACUUGACGUUUGAUAGGAGUUUCUUGUUUUAGUUGUUAGGUUAUUUUUUCGUUUUCGUUUUCUUUACAAAAGUUGUUCGACUGUGUUUAGUUUUGUAUUUUGUUAAUUGUAUUUAUAACACAAGUUAAUUCGUUACAUUGUUUUGUUAAAAUGUAUUUUGACAGUUCAUUAAUUAAUUUCCUAAUUUAGGAAUUGGUUUUUCAGUUUUUUCUGCCCAGGCUCAGGCUGAAGAUUUGUUCGGAUUCGGAAAUGAUUCGAUGGAAUUUAUUUUUUCAUUCGUUAAUAUUCGUAAUCAUAACUAAGCUUGAAUAAUUUUUUACUUUGUUUUGUUAAAAUGUAUUUCGACUGAUCACAACUUCCUUAAUUUAAGGUACUAGUUUUUUUUAAAUCAGGUUUUUUGGAAAUGAUUCGAUGGUACGGUUAUUUUGUUUUUCAUCUGUCAAUAUUCAUGACCCAAUUUAGUUUACGUUAAUUUUGUUGUUACCUACCUACAUUGUUUUGUUAAAAUGUAUUUCGACUGAUCACAACUUCACUAAUUUACUAGUUUUUCAUUUUUUUCGACUCAGGUUCAAGAUCUACAUAUUUGGAAUCAUUUAUUAUUAAAAUAUAAUAUUGAAGUUCGUUA